AAUGGAUUUUUUGAGAAAUAGAGAGAUUAUGGAAAUGUGCCAAAUUUUAGCCGAACAAGAACAAUUAAAAGUAACCAUUCAGGAGUCUGUAAAAGCAGGAUUUUUAGCAGGGUGUGGUGCAAUUAUGGGAGGAUUAAUGGGUGGGCCUAUAGGAAUUGCAUUAGGUGGAACUUUGGGAUCCAUAACAGGAGCUUGGUGCUCUAAAGGUAAAUUUAAAUCCGUUGCGGAAAUCUUGAGAAACGAUCUAAGUCCUAAUCAACAACAAAAACUUAUAAAACACGUCAAGGCUGCUUUACAAAAGAUUCGACCCGAAGAUUGGGUUUCUCUGCUAACUAUAGUUUUAACUAGUGCAUCUUUAAAAGAAAUCGUUAUUAAAGAAAUUGGAACAUUUUUGCUGAAUGAAUUAAAUUUAACUAUGGUUGAGGGAAUUAAAGAAAAAUAAUUGUGUACAAAUUAACUUGAAAAAUUUAGUAAGGUGAUAAUUAUAUAAUAAGUAUUUUUUAUGAAUAAAUUUUAAAUAGUAA